AUGGCCUCCGAGCAGGGUCCUGUUGUGACAGAAGCUUCGCUUCAACCGUCGCAACACGCGCCCGAAACAGCUGAAUUGCCCCAGCCAUCUAUUACCGAAGCGACGGAAUCGGACACGAUCGCCAACCCUCUUAAACGAGCUCGCGAUGAUAGCCCUCACUCCCCGACUCCGGUGUCUGACGAACCCUCAUACAAGGCGGCUCGCUUCGACAUACGGUCAACCUCUCCAAUCCAAUUAACCGCUGCCGCUGCCGCAUUGGAGGCUGAACGGCGCCGGAGAGAGGAAGACCUUGGACACGACCAUAAUAGCACUGGAGACGUGACCGCGCACUCCGUGCUGGAAAAGUUGAUUCAAAGCGCCGAGGCAUUGGGGCAGCCCGUGUCAUCUGAGCCUCCUGCUCCCCAAGUGACGGAAAGCCCGACGCCGAUGGAUAUCGACCCUAAGCUUGAGGAGGUUCAUGCGGCCCAACAACAACAACAGCAGCAGCAGCAGCAACAGCACGAUAUAAGGGCGCCGCCGACGUCUCUGUCAUAUCCCGGACCACAACACAUUCCCAGUCCCAUGCCGGCGCCACCAUCUAGGACGUUAAGUUAUCCGCUAACAGCUCCUUCGGAUCAGGGAUCUCCAACGUCGCCGGAAGCGGGAAGCAAGAGACACAAGUGCCCGUUCUGCGAUACAGUAUUUACUCGCCAUCACAACCUAAAGAGCCAUCUGUUGACGCAUAGUCAAGAGAAGCCGUACGAAUGCGACAAAUGUAAGAUGCGAUUUAGGCGGCUUCACGACUUGAAGCGCCACUCGAAGCUGCACACGGGCGAAAAGCCGCACAUAUGCCCCAAAUGCGACAGGAAGUUCGCUAGAGGAGACGCGCUCGCUAGGCAUAGUAAAGGUGCCGGUGGGUGUGCUGGGCGGCGAUCGAGCAUGGGAAGCUUUGCGGAAGACGAUCUCGCCAACUCGAGCAUGAUGGACGGCGACGAGUCCCAGCUCAACGCUGCGCUCUAUACCAAGUAUGCAACAGAGGCGGAGGAGGCGCGGAGACGGCAAAGCCUUCCAGUUCCCAAAGCAUCUUUAGGCUCGGGAGGCCAGGCUAGCCCCGAAGGCGGGCGCAGUUUCUCGAGCGGCCACUCGCGAAGCAACAGCGGUUUAUAUCCGCCCGCAACUGAACGUAGCAGUCAGCAGCAGCAACAACAGCAACCACAAGCGUAUACUCGACGCGACUCCGAUCGCCGGACGCCACCAGCGUCGUCGGCUGGUUUGGGUAAGGUCAACAGCACGCCUGAUGGUCGCUACGCGACGAGCCAAAACGGACAAGGGACGCCGCAGCCCGGGUCAGCACGGGCGAGCAAUGGAACACAGGCGAUCGACAACUCCAACAUGUUUGCGGGAGACGUUUACGGUCUCUGGACCUACAUACAGAAUCUCGAGGAACGAUUCUCGGAGAUGGAGAAGGCGGACCGCGACAAGCAAGCUCAAAUCACGGCACUUAGCACCGAGGUAGCGGCGCUGCGAAAGGAGCUUGAGGCGAGACCCGUCGCGGAGCUUGCUGUCACCAAACAAUAA